AUGGCACUGGUAGCAAUACUCGCACAGAUUGGGAGCUAUGUACCUUGCCGUAGCGCAAAAAUUGGGAUGCUUGAUGGCAUAGCUACUCGUAUGGGAGCGUCUGAUGAAAUCACUCGUGGACGGUCCACUUUUAUGGUUGAAGUUAGCGAAACGGCUGAAAUUAUCAAGACUGUGACCCCUAGAACGCUGGUGAUCCUCGAUGAGCUUGGCAGAGGGACCUCGACCUUCGACGGGAUGGCAAUUGCCCAUGCUACCUUGAACAACGAUAUGAGAUGUAUCCUGUCACAUAUGGGCUACGUCGAACAACAGCUGCCCUCUGGAGAAUCUACUAUCAGUUUCACUUACAAGCUCAGCCCCGGUAUGGCACGAAGCUCGUUUGGAAUUGAGUGCGGUCGAUUAGCGCACAUGCCUGAAGAGGUACUGCAAGCUGCGAAGCGACAUGCGACCCGGAUGCAGGAGAUUAUGGAGGCUAGGAGGGUAGCAAACAGGCCUCGCAAGAUAGCUGGAUUGAUUAAGAACUGUUUGACGAUUGACGGAAGAGAUGCAGAUUCACUUGCCAGGGCCCUCAAGGAUUUGACCGUGUUCCACAAGUUAUCCGGAAGCACAGGGAUCUGA